UCAUGUGUUUUAUAAAAUAUCCAAGAAAUGAUUCUAACCUAGAUGUUUGUGUAUUAAAAAUGAGAAGAAAAAAGUAUUUCAAAUUCAAAAGUUAUAAUUUGAGAUGAAAUUUAGUUACUAUGAGCAAUAGUGCUUACUACGCGCAGAGGAGAAGGGGAAGAAACUAUGCCCAGCAAGGGGUAGAUUGGAGGAUAAGACGCCAACAACAGCAUAUGGACCAGUUCUUUGACAUAUUGGUGCUCAAUGACGAUGUACUAGGCUACAAGGUCACUCUUCAGCCGGAACUUAGCAACGCUCAGUAUGUCGUCAAGUUCACUCCUAUUGCAGCUAAUCCGCGUAGGUCACAGGUAUAUCCAAACCAAAAUAACCUGAGGCAAGAACCUCACAACCGCACUUUUGGGCGCCCAACGCAGAUAAGGAGGAUCACGGGCGAGCAAGUUUUCAGGCGAUAUGGACAACAGCCAAGAAGGUACCCUAUCGUCGAGACUAUUCUAGAGGCAGUGGCCGAAGCCUCAAGAGCUGAGAGAAUCGCUCAGCCCUCCUCGUCAUCCGAACACGACAACAACAACACACAAACCGUUUGCAAUGCCACUGUCGCCUUGCAAACCGGCUGUCCAAUCAAUGGGGAGUCGAGCCCCGUGGAGCCAACAUCCAGGCGCAGGAGAUGGAACGGCAGUGAAAGGAGGCAGCGUCGGCGAAGGAGGCGAAGAGCAGGUGCCUUCAUUGGACAUCCGUUUCUCGGAAGAAGACAUGCCGAUGCAAGAGGAAGUCAAGCAAACGAGUCUGACGAAUCCAUGUAUGAAGUAUUGGAUGUUGAUUACGAAAAGAUCACGGAUCUGGGAAAGGCCGAUCCUCCAAAAGACUGGAAGAUUUUUCCUAAGUACCAGUUGACAGCUAAAGAAGUGGCUCAGCAGGAGAAGGAUCUCUUCUUCAGCAUGACGAGGGACGAGAGGCCCGAGGAACCACAGAAGGUUAAGGAUGGCGAGCCCGGGUGUUGCGUGUGCUUCGAGAACGCGGCUACGAGAGUGGUGAUCCCCUGCGGGCACCGGUGCCUGUGCCACGAUUGUGCCUACAGCAUCGCCACCAGCAGGUCUAUCUUCGGCGGCAAGAGGCUCCCCAAGCUGUGCCCCAUCUGCCAGGCGGCCAUCGCGGUCAUGCCUAGAUUGUGCUAAUCGUCAGCAAUAAAGUUUUCAUGACAAUCUCUAAUGAUCCUCUCUUCUUACUCAUUCACAUCUUAAGCGUUCAUGUCUCUUUUCUAAGUAUUUGAUUAUCAACUACAUUACCCACCUCAGCCGUUCAUAAAUAUAAACUGCUCAAAAACGACUAGG